GGCAUCCAAUAAAUUAAAUUAAAGAAAACAUUGAUAUUUUUGCCAUCAUGAGGGGAAUAACAUUAACGUUAGCAAUGACAAUUGUAUCGACACUAGCAUUGCCACGUUUACUGGAAAGUGCUGAAGGGGAAAUAGUUCCAACGUUUGAUGCAAUAGCGGAUACAGCUUUUUUAUUGUUUACCAGGCGCAAUCCGACGAAUUCGCAAUUGUUGCAUAUUAGUGACAUGAAUGUAAUAAGGAAUUCGUUCUUUGAUAGUGGUAGACCAACAAGGUUUCUUAUUCAUGGAAUGUUUGGUAAUAGGAACAGUGCAUUGAACACCAUUGUGCAGCCUGCGUUAUUACAAGCAGGAGAUUUUAAUGUUAUCGUUGUUGAUUGGGGUGAGGGAGCUUUGACAAAUGUGAUGGUAAAUGCACGAUUUGUAGGCGCUGCAUUGGCAUAUUUCUUAGACAAUCUUCAAAAUGCUGGCUUAAUGAAUUUCAACCAACUUACAUUGAUUGGUCAUAGCAUGGGAGCACACAUUUCCGGUUUUGCUGGCAAAAAAAUUAGAGGUCGCAUUAACACAAUAAUUGGAUUAGAUGCUGCUGAUGUUGGCGACAUCAAUGAUCCAUCCACACGAAUUGAUGCUGGUGAUGCCGAAUACGUUGAAUUAAUUCAAACUGAAAUUGUGUUCUGGGGUAUACCAGCACCUAUUGGACAUGCAAAUUUUUAUCCUGCUGGUGGAACGAGUCAACCGAACUGUGGCGGAAGUCAAGUCUGUGAUCACAUGAUAGCUAUCGAUUAUUUUGCCGAAUCAUUAUCAACGCCGAAUAGGUUCUAUGCUCAACGAUGCUUAAACAUGGAUCAAAUGAGAGCUAAUGCCUGCCCAAGCUCGUCGACUGAUUACCUCAUGGGUGGAUCGACAAGCAAUCAAAAUCGCAAUUUACGUGGAAUUUUCCGACUGCCCGUUAAUGCGCAGAGACCAUUUGCAGUUGGCAGAGUGUAGUUACAAAUCAUUAACGUAAAUCCGCGCUAAAUGCGAAUUUCGUUUUUAAAAAUAAAAACCUUAAGAGUCAAUUUGC